AGCUCUAGCAAAGCUUUAAUCACUAGCAAAGGCUCUUUAAGUUUUACUGACUUCCCAAAAAUAUGCUGGUAUGCUGGUAUUUCCUCUAGGGAUAAAUGUGUCUAUGUAUGUUGUCUCACAAUGGACUGGAGCCCCAUCCUGGGUGGGCUCUCAUUUCUCUGCUAAAUUACUGACUUUGCAAGUGUCUGGAAGGAGAUGCAGGAUAAUAUGGACUCUCUAGAGGACCACGAUAAAUGUCAGGAGGAGGGAAAUGAUCAAGCCUCAAGGUUUUCCAGCAAAGAACGUAAAGUGUUUUUAGAAGUGGACAAACAGCAGAUUGCUGCAUCUUCACACAGUUUACUACCGUUAUAAUACGUUCUGAAUAGGCAAAUGGUCUUCAUCGCCCUCUUGUGGAAGGUGCUGACGGCUAUAACAUUUUAAUCUUGGUAAAUAAGUGACGGAGAAAGACAUAAGGAAAACGAUGUUGGAAAGGGGUAUAUAAAGGGGUAGAUGCCUUCAGUAAAUUGCACAUAGGCACCAUGGGCAAACUUCUGAUUUGUGUUGGACUGGCUCUCCUGCUGCACGCUCAGCUAGGAUCCUCCUACAUCCUGUCAUGUUACUUCACCAACUGGGGACAGUACAGACCUGGAGCAGGAAAGUACUUCCCUGCCAACGUUGACCCAUGCCUGUGUGACCAUCUGAUCUACGCUUUUGCUGGAAUGAACAACAAUGAGCUUGCAACCUACGAGUGGGAUGAUGUGAAACUUUACGGAGAGUUCCAGGCCUUGAAGAACCAGAACAGCAACCUGAAGACCCUUCUGGCUAUUGGUGGAUGGAACUUCGGCACCGCCAAAUUCUCUGCUAUGGUGGCAUCCUCUGCUACUCGUCAGACUUUCAUCAGCUCUGUGAUCAAAUUCCUGAGGCAGUACGAGUUUGAUGGUCUGGACAUUGACUGGGAGUAUCCUGGUUCUCGUGGUAGCCCUCCUCAGGACAAACAGCUCUACACCACCCUGGUUCAGGAAAUGAUGGCUGCCUUUGUGGCUGAGGGAACACAGACCAACCGUCCUCGUCUUUUGUUGACUGCUGCUGUCGCCGCCGGCAAGGGUACCAUCGACUCUGGAUACCAGAUUGCCCAGAUUGGCCAGGUUCUGGACUACUUCCAUGUCAUGACCUACGACUUCCAUGGUACUUGGGAGCAGCAGACUGGUGAGAACAGCCCUCUGUACAGUGGACCAGCUGACCAGGGAUCUUACAUCUACUUCAAUGUGGACUAUGCUAUGAACUACUGGAAGAGCAAUGGCGCCCCUGCCCAGAAGCUGCUUGUUGGAUUCCCCACCUAUGGACACACCUUUAAACUGGCUAGCUCUAGCAACACUGGUGUGGGAGCUCCAACUGCUGGACCUGGACCCUCUGGACCUUACACCAGGCAAAGUGGAUUCUGGGCUUACUACGAGAUCUGUACUUUCCUGUCCCAAGGAGCCACUCAGGCUUGGGAUACUCCUCAGGAUGUGCCAUAUGCCUACAACAGCCAGAACGUCUGGGUUGGCUAUGACAAUAUUAAGAGCUUUCAGAUCAAGAUUGACUGGCUGAAGAAAAACAACUUUGGAGGUGCUAUGGUGUGGUCUCUGGACCUGGAUGACUUUAGUGGCACCUUCUGCAACCAGGGCAAAUACCCUCUGAUCAACACCAUCAAGAGUGGCCUGGGAACUGGCCAAAGUUGCUCAGCUCCUGCCCAGCCUCUACCCCCUGUCACUCCUGCCCCAGCUACCGCUGCCCCUGCUCCUCCUAGCGGUGGUGGCAGCAGCGGAAGCAGCAGCGGUGGCAGCGGAUUCUGCGCUGGCAAAGCUAAUGGACUUUACCCUAACCCUUCCAACAAGAACCAGUUCUACAACUGCAACGGUGGCAGCACCUACGCAGAGCACUGCGCCACUGGCCUGAUCUUUGAUACUAGCUGCUCAUGCUGCAACUGGUCAUAAAUCCAAGUCAAUAACUUGGAAUGCCUUUAGGCUGCUCUUGUCGUGAUUGAUCUGAUUGGUGUUUAGUCCUGUUAAUCUGUAUUCUGCAAUAAAGAUGAACCAGCAAAGACAAACUUUACUUGUGGUUUCACCUUUCGAGUCAUGUCCAUGUCCUAAGCUGCUAUAAGUUAGACUGAAAAU